AUGGGUUGYUAUAAARUCAAAAAGGAUAGUGCUUCAAAGCACGAUCUUGGACAUGUAGAUACUUCAAAGGAUCCUUCUAGGAUCUUCAAAAAAUGUGCGAAAAAGGCAGAAGAUCAAGGUUUACCUUAUAUGGGAAUCAAAGAUGGCAAUGAAUGCUGGGGCGCCAAAGAUGAUGAGGCUUAUGAUAAAAACAGUUGUUCACAAGACUGUGACGUUACUGGCAAAGGAAAGAYGUAUGGAGUUGGAAAGGGAAUGGCGAAUUUUGUGUAUUACAGGAUGUCAGAUUGGACAUCAUGCAAAUGUGGUGAUAAGAAGAGCUACAAGCUCGCCUUGGUCAAAGACAGAAUAGCCGACUGCCCACYGUACAACAGAAAAGUUAUUCCUUUAAAACAGAAUAAAAAAUGUCCGAAAAACUCACAAUGUUCAGUUCAUGUCAAAUGGUCGAACUACGGACCCUGGUCAGCCUGUGAUCAAGUUUGUGGCCAUAAUGGUAAACAAACAAGAAGUCUUCAAUGUAAUGGUCGAAAAGGCUGCGCUGGACCAAGACAAGAAUACCGCGACUGUAACUCUGUAAACUGCCCUGGUAUGUCCUGGUAA